CUGGCUCGCUCUGCCCCGCAGCGCAGGUCGCAGUCCCCCCACCGCCCUCGGUCUCUUCGUCCUCGCAGCGGCGAAGCAGCAGGCAGCUCCAGCCGUCGCCGUCUCCGCUGCUCGGCCCCGCGCCGGAUCGAGGGAGGGAGGCAGCGGACCAGGAGGAGGGAUGAGUCUCUUCGGGCUCGGACGGAACCAGAAGACAUUCCGUCCCAAGAAGAGCGCUCCAUCAGGCAGCAAGGGAGCACAGCUCCGGAAGCACAUAGAUGCCACUCUCGGCAGUGGAAACCUUAGGGAAGCUGUGAGGCUGCCUCCUGGAGAAGACAUUAAUGAAUGGCUUGCUGUGAAUACUGUGGAUUUCUUUAACCAGGUUAAUCUGCUGUUUGGAACACUCACUGAAUUCUGCACACCUGAGAGCUGCCCGACAAUGACUGCAGGCCCAAAGUAUGAGUACAGAUGGGCUGAUGGUGUACAGAUAAAGAAACCCAUAGAGGUAGCAGCACCAAAAUAUGUGGAGUAUCUAAUGGAUUGGAUUGAAGGCCAACUUGAUGAUGAAUCCAUAUUUCCUCAAAAACUUGGCACACCGUUCCCGCCAAACUUCAAGGAAGUAGUAAAGACAAUAUUCAAGCGCCUGUUCCGCGUUUAUGCCCACAUAUAUCACUCUCACUUUCAGAAGAUUGUCAGCCUCAAGGAGGAGGCUCAUCUUAACACCUGCUUCAAGCACUUCAUUCUGUUCACAAAUGAGUUUGGCCUGAUUGACAAAAAGGAAUUGGCUCCACUCCAGGAGCUUAUCGAAUCCAUCAUCGUUCCUUACUGAGAAGAACACUCGGCAGCACUAAAAUGGAUCUGGAGCUCUCAAUGCUGAUGGCUGAGAUAUUAGUCUAUUUGUGACAAUACUUCACUGGCAUAGAGCUUAUUGUUCCAGUUAUAUUAGACAUAAAAAAGGAGACUUGACAUUGCUAAUGCUAUAUUUGCGUGCACCCGUGUUUUCUCCUCUGAUUCUAUAUUGGCCAUGUAAGUGUGCCUGUAAGAUCGUAUCAGCGGCGCGUUGUGCUAAGAAAGAAAACACAAAACAGUUUGGUCCAAUCACGUGAAUGCAUGCAGUGUUUGUUCUACUGA